AACCGCGCGGUGGGGCAAGCCCCCCUGCCCGCGGUAGGACCCCGAACUACAAACCGGGGCCUGCUGGGAGGAAACGGAGGGACGCCCCACAGGAAGCGGGGUACGGCAGCGCCGCUGUAGCGCUGUGGCGGUCCUCUCUGAGCCGCCCCUGAGUCACUGGAGCGGCCUGCGCGGGCGGGCCAAGCCGCGGGGUGCCGGGUAGGCAUCUCCUCUCCCCUGCGCUGCCUUGCCGUGCGUCCUGCAGCCUCGCUCGCUACUAGCGGCGCCUCGGAAGGUCAGCCCAGCGCUGGGGAAGCGAGGGACUCUACUGGCCCCCUCCUGAACAGUGUUCAUUGAAAAGUAAAGACAAUUAUUCAACUGAGCAAAAGGAAAAGGGAUUGGAUAAUUGCUGAGACUGUGUACAUUGGUCAGUGAUUGAGAGGAACAUUUUCUUGAAUGCUGGAUAGCAUAUGGGGUAACUGUUGGUCUUCGGUUACAAAGUCCCUUUAAUUUCCAGAAGAUUCAAAGACCACAAACAACUGUCCUGUAAAAACAAAGGGGGAAAUACAGUUCUACUUGGCAACAAUGAGGUAUUUUCACUUGUGUAAGCUUCCAGGAAGAGUUAUGGGAAUCCGCCUACUACGCUUCACUUCUGUGGUGAUCGUUGUCUUGCUUCUUGUGGCAGGUGCUUUAACAGCUUUGCUUCCCAAUAUCAAAGAUGACAAAAUGCCCAAUCUGAGAAGGGAACCAAAAUCCCAGAGUCAGUCUCUCUUGGAUUCAUUUACUCUUAUUAUGCAGACAUAUAAUAGAACUGACUUGCUGCUAAAACUUCUAAAUCAUUAUCAAGCCAUCCCCCACCUACAUAAAGUAAUUGUUGUAUGGAACAACAUUGGUGAGAAGAUACCAGAGGAAAUGUGGAAUUCCUUGGGGCCUCAUCCUGUCCCUGUUGUGUUUAAAGUUCAAACUGUAAAUCGCAUGAGGAAUAGACUUCAGAAUUUCCCUGAGCUGGAAACAAAAGCUGUGUUAAUGAUGGAUGAUGAUACACUAGUCAGUGCUCAUGACCUUGCUUUUGCCUUUUCCGUUUGGCAGCAAUUUCCAGAGCAUAUAGUUGGAUUUGUUCCAAGAAAGCACAUUUCUACUCCUUCAGGUGUAUACAGUUAUGGCAGCUUCGAAUUGCAGAACCCUGGAUUUGGAAAUGGAGAUCAGUAUUCUAUGGUUCUUAUUGGUGCAGCAUUUUUUCAUAGUGGGUAUUUAGAAGACUUUCAAAGACAGCCAGAAGCUGUUUACACCUUAAUAGAUGAAACUCAAAAUUGUGAUGAUAUCGCCAUGAAUUUUCUGGUAUCAAAGCAUACUGGAAAGCCUUCAGGAGUGUUUGUGAAGCCAGUUGAUAUUAGAAAUUUAGAAAAAGACACGAACAGUGGCUAUUCUGGAAUGUGGCACCGAGCAGAGCAUUUGUUACAGAGAUCUUACUGUGUAAAUAAACUGGUUAAUAUUUAUGAUGGCAUGCCUUUAAAAUAUUCUAAUAUCAUGAUUUCUCAGUUUGGUUUCCCUAAUUAUGCCAAUCACAAAAAUAAAAUGUAAGCCAAUGAAUUGGAGGAGUUAGAUUGUUAAACAAAACUCAAGUGAAUUGUACUGAGUUCAAGGAGAGAAGAAGGCUGCAUCUUGGCCAUCCUGAAUUUUUUCCAUAUUGCGUUUUAUGGGCAUUUUAUGGUUGGGUGG